AUAACAGUUCACAAGUAAUCUCUCUCUCUCUCCCCCCACCAAUUAAAGCUUCUCUCUUUCUUCCGUUAGACCCGCUCUCUCUCCAACUUUCUUCUUCUCCACAGACCCACAUCAUCUGCUUCUCUUCUUCCUCUCUCUUUCUAUCUACACGAUGACCUCCAAGAACAACGGCUUGUCAGCCGCGCUCGUCUCGAAUCUCCAGGACGUUCUCUCCAAGAGAAAAGGAGUAAACGAGGAGCCUCCUCCGUCUACUUCUGACUCCGUUGAUGUUGCUGCGGCCAAGGAGGAGAUCGAUGACUCAGACUCAGACUCAAGACCCAUCGUUCUAGUCACCAACGGAGAUGGGAUUGAUUCGGUUGGACUCGUCUCUCUCGUUGAGGCUUUGGUUAACGAAGGCCUAUACAACGUCCACGUCUGUGCUCCUCAAACGGAUAAAUCGGUUUCGUCUCAUUCUAUGACUCCUGGAGAAACCAUUGCUGCGAGUUCUGUUACUAUCAAAGGUGCCACGGCCUUUGAAGUUUCAGGGACUCCUGUGGACUGCAUCUCAUUAGGAUUAUCCGGAGCCCUUUUCGCUUGGUCAAAACCAAUACUGGUAAUUAGUGGAAUCAAUCAGGGAUCAAGCUGUGGGCACCAAAUGUUCUAUUCUGGCGCAGUGGCUGGAGCCAGGGAAGCUUUGAUUUCUGGAGUACCCUCUUUGUGUAUAUCAUUGAACUGGAAGAAAGAUGAAAGCAAAGAAAGUGACUUUAAGGACGCUGUUGGUGUCUGUCUACCUUUGAUAAACGCCACAAUCAGAGACAUUGAGAAAGGAGUUUUCCCUAAAGACUGCUCUCUCAACAUAGAAAUUCCCACAUCACCCUCAUCAAACAAGGGUUUUAAGGUAACAAAACAAAGCAUGUGGAAGAAGAGUCCUAGCUGGCAAGCCGUUUCAGCUAACCGUCACCCUGGCGCUGGGAAUUUCAUGUCCAACCAACAAAGCCUAGGAGCUCAACUUGCCCAGCUUGGGAGAGAUGCUUCUGCUGCUGGAGCGGCUCGUCGUUUCACCACACAGAAGAAGAGUAUUGUGGAGAUUGAAUCUGUUGGAGUUGCUGCUAAAACUGAUAGCCGUGUUAAGAAAUACUUCCGCCUAGAGUUUGUGGCUAAAGAACAAGAACAUACGGAUGAAGAUAUGGAUAUCAAGGCUCUGGAAGAUGGUUUUGUCUCUGUGACUCCUAUGUCUCUACUUCCAAGUUUGGAUUCAGAAACUGAAGCAGCAGCAUCAGAAUGGAUCUCCAAAGCCCUUAACUCUGAUCAAUGAAACAGGUCCUUCUAGUAAAUUAUGUUACCAAAUCUGGUAACUCAGAUUCUGCAUUUGUUUGUCGUUUUAACCCUUUUUGUUUAUUCUAUUUAUUCAAAAUCUCCCUACAAGUCUCUUGGGUUGCCUUUUUUGGCCUGUUUGUUUGUUUGUUUGUUUGUUUGUCAGUAGUUGUUUGGGAACGCUUACCUUUGUAAUUGAAAAAGGAUUGGUCUACUUUGACUCUGUUCCAAAUUCAUACAACAACCCUUGUAUUAGUAUUUGUUUUGAUUGAGAAGAAGGGUCCUAAACUCCCCUGGAUGGUACUAUUUGCUUUAGCUGAAACAUGUUUCAUGUAACUA